AUGCUUAAGGUGGCCAUAGCUGGUGACUCCACCCUAUGUUGGCAACCAGUGCCCGAUCAAUUCAAGUUUAAUAUUUCUAUACCUUUAGACAGGAUGAACCUUACAAAGAGAAAGUUGCUCUCUGAACUAAAUAAGGUGUUUGAUCCUCUAGGUUUUUUGGGUCCUGUGUUGAUCAAAGGUAAGAUUUUUCUUCAACAUCUUUGGCAGCAAAAAAUUAAUUGGGAUGCACCAUUACAAGUAGAUAUCCAAGAAAAAUGGAAGAAAUACUACUCUGGACUAGAAUCUCUCAAAGAGCUUUCCAUUGAUCGUAAGUGCAAAGUACAAUCUGGUGAAUUAUUUGAAAUUCAUGGAUUCUGUGAUGCAUCUAUGGAAGCUUACGGAGCAUGUCUAUAUAUACGUAGUUCAGAUCAGCAAGGGAUAUGGCACUCACGGUUACUCUGUUCAAAAACUAGAGUAGCACCAUUAAAAGUUGCAACUAUUCCUCGGCUAGAACUAAGUGGGGCACUUCUCUUGGCUCAGUUGGCAGCUAAGGUAGCUGACUCUUGGAAUAUUAACUGUGAAACUAUCCAUUUGUGGACUGAUUCAAUGAUAGUUUUAGGGUGGCUAAAUAGUCAUUCAUCACGAUUAAAAACAUUCGUAGCUAAUCGUGUCAGCCAAAUUCUAGAAAUUACAAAGGCACCGCAAUGGCAUCACGUAGCAACAAAUGAAAAUCCAGCCGACAUACUUUCUAGAGGCAUUACAACGCAAGAAUUACAAGAUGCUACGACUUGGUGGUUUGGUCCACAAUGGUUAUCGAGCGAUACAAUUUCUUGGAAGAGUCAGUCCAUGCUUGCAUUAAUGCCGGAAGAAACACUACCGGAACUUAGGCCUGUUCAGUUGAGUUUAACUAUAGUAAAGUUUAAAAAUGGUUUGCUAGAUAGGUAUUCUAAGUGGGAAAGGCUAGUUCGGGCAACUGCUUGGAUUUUGAAAUUUAUUCAGUUUUUAAGAUUAAAAAGAUGCAAACAAGGCUUUGUUAAAUAUCUCACGGUAUCAGAUUUUAGCAAUGCAGAAUCUUGGCUAAUAAGAUGCGCACAAAAAGAUGAGUUUGCAAUUGAAAAUAAGGCAUUAACUGAAGGUAAAAACGUGCCAAGAAAUAGUAAGUUAAAAGGACUAUCUCCAUUUAUCAGUACAGAUAACCUAAUUGUAGUUGGAGGAAGAUUGCAUAAUUCAACCCUAUCAAAUGAACAAAAACACCCCAUAAUUUUACCAUUUGGUCAUAAGGUAACAAGAUUAAUUUUUAUAUAUUAUCAUGAAAUUUUAUUACACGGAGGACCACAGUUGUUACUAGCAGAAAUAAGACUUCGAUUUUGGCCUAUAAAAGGUAGGAUAGCAGCUCGUUCCACUGCAUUGCGUUGUGUAACAUGUGUUCGUUCUAAACCUAAAUUUUUGAAUCCAAUCAUGGGAAUUCUGCCAAGUCCAAGAGUACGCCCUUCUAGACCAUUUUCGACAACAGGUGUUGAUUUUGCAGGCCCUUUGAAUCUCAGAAGUGGCAUACGCCGCGUUACCAGCAUUAAAAUGUGGAUUGCGGUUUUUGUGUGCUUAGCAACAAGAGCAAUACAUCUGGAGCCAGUAGUAGGGCUCACGAGUAAUGCCUUUUUUGCCGCACUACGGCGAUUUAUGGCACGGAGAGGAAAAUGUUCAAAGAUAUAUAGUGACAAUGGUACAAAUUUUGUUGGUGUUCAACGUGAACUAGCAAACUAUAUAAAAGAUGCCGACGCAAAUAUAGCUCAGGAUGAAGAAUUAGGAACCUUACUUUGUCAGAUUGAGGCAUGUUUGAACUCUCGUCCGUUAACACCGUUAAGCCUUGAUGCUCUGGACUUAGAGCCUAUAACACCGGCACACUUUUUAAUUGGUGGACCACUUCUUUUAGCACCAGAACCCGAUUUGUCAAAAGAAAACAUAGAUAUAUUACGGAGGUGGAAAUAUGUGCAAGCCUUGAUGCAAAUGUUUUGGAAACGUUGGUCAAAAGAAUAUUUGCCACAGCUCCAAGUUAGAGGUCGUUGGGUAUCUCAAACUGAACAGAUGAAAAUUGGAGAUAUAGUAAUCAUCAAAGAAGAAUUUGCACCACCAGGAAAAUGGAAAUUAGGAAGAGUAGCAAAAACGCAUCCAGGUAGUGAUGGGAUUGUACGAGUAGUCACUUUAAAGACAGCAAAUUGUGAUGAGCUGAAAAGACCGGUAGUGAAGCUAUGUCGUCUACCAGUAGAGCCAGAAAACUCUAAUAUUGAAAAAUAG